AUGGAAAAGAUCACAGAUGGACUCCAUUACCAGAUAUCUGCUGAAACCGUUCAUAUAUCAUCUUUGCCGUUGUUAAAGAUGUUACAACAUGAGCAGGGUGUACCAUUAGAAGUUAUGGAGAGUUGA